GAUGCCUCACUUCACACUAUAUUUAGACUAGAACGGAUGUGAAUAAUUCUACAUUAUCUUGUCAUAUGGCUUCAUCUGAUGAGAUGGUGAAUGUGUUAGAAGAAUGUCGAGUCUCUCCACCUCCCAACGCUGUGGGUGAGAAGUCUCUCCCACUCACCUUCUUUGAUUUGCUAUGGCUACAUUUCCAUCUAGUCCAAAGCCUCUUCUUUUACAAAUUCCCUCAUUCUAAGACCCACUUCAUAGAGAUCACCAUCCCUUCCCUUAAACACUCACUCUCCCUCGCUCUCAAGCACUUUUAUCCCUUUGCAGGAAAUUUACUAUUUCCUCCAAAUCUUAGAGAGCCUGAAAUUCAUUAUGUGGAUGGUGAUUCAGUUUCAUUGACCUUUGUUGAGUCUAAUAGCGAUUUUGAUUACCUUAUCAAAAACCACCAAAGGAAAAUUGCUCACUUUCAUCCUCUUGUGCCCCAAUUGCCUCCAGUGUCGGUACAACAAGGCACCAUUAUAGCACCUGUUUUUGCUGUUCAGGUAACACUUUUUCCCAACUCUGGAAUUUCUUUUGGGUUCACCUGUGACCAUGUUGUGGCAGAUGGUAAUGCUUUUAUUCGAUUCAUAAGGUUGUGGGCUACUAUUCAUAAAUUACAGAGAGAGCCCUUGAUGUUAGAGGGUGAAAUCCUUCCAUUCUAUGAUAGGACCAUGGUAAAAGACCCGAACAAGAUAGGUUCAAUUUUUUGGCAACAUCACCAGAAAAGUAAAUUUGAAGGAUAUCGACCACUGCUCCCUACCAGCAACAUCCUGGCUUCAUUUUUACUAAGUCAAGCCGAUCUUCAGCGACUCAAAAAAAGGGUUAUGGUUCAAUGCCCAACGUUGUUACAUGUCUCAAGUUUUACAGUAACAUGUGCUUACACUUGGACUUGCAUUGUCAAAGCUCAGGUUUGGAGUGGUGAGGAGGUGAGCGAGAAUGAGUUAGAGCACUUUGGUUUUGUGGCCGAUUGUCGAGCCUGUUUGGACCCGCCAUUGCCUGAAAACUAUUUCGCCAAUCUUAUAGGAGAAGCAAUUCAAGAAAAGCUUGGAAGCAAGAAGGGAGUUUUGGAAGGUUUAGAUAAAUGGGUCGUGAAUUUUUCAUCUAUAAACAUAGAGCGAGCUGUAGGAGUUGCUGGGUCACCAAGGUUUUCAGUUUAUGACAUAGAUUUUGGAUUGGGACAACUACAAAAGAGAGAGUUUAUAUCAAUAGAUGAAACAAGGUCCAUAUCACUUCUUGAAGGCAAAGAUAACAAAAGCGAUAUUGAAGUUGGUUUGUCAUUCCCCAAGAUUAAAAUGGAUGCUUUUGCCUCUAUCUUCACUAAUGGCCUCUCGGUCUAUGAUUAGAAAAAGGAAGCAUGUUUCUGUGGAAACACGUUUCUUCAUAAAUUUGAUGUGAGUUGCUCUGUAAUCUGCAUUCCAAUGUGACUUACAUUUGGAAAGUUAUCAUUGUAAAUUUUUAUUUGUUUUUUUUUUUU